CCGGAACGCUCAGACGCUGCGCGGGGCGUAGGUUCGCGUUUCUCUGUUGGUCUUCAGUGGAUCGGGGCGGCCGGGGGUUCCUGGGACACCUGCUCCUUCUGCCUGUCCGACGGCGCGGGGAUUCUCUGCCGCGCUCCCCGCCCCACCUCCCGGUUCGCAGAGCGAGGUGAAAGGCUGGGCUGUCCAGUCCCCGAACCUUAAAGGGGUCCCGUGUUGAGUCGCUGAACCGGCGUACGGCGAGAUGAGGGCGGACGCGGCGGCCGGGUCGCCUCUGCCUCGGCUCUGCUGCCUGGAAAAGGGUCCAAACGGCUAUGGUUUCCACCUACACGGGGAGAAAGGCAAGGUGGGUCAGUUCAUCCGGCUGGUGGAGCCCGGCUCACCGGCCGAGAAGGCAGGGCUGCUGGCCGGGGAUCGGCUCGUGGAAGUGAACGGCGAGAACGUGGAGAAGGAGACCCACCAGCAGGUGGUGAGCCGUAUUCGCGCCGCGCUCAACGCCGUGCGCCUGCUGGUGGUCGACCCCGAGACUGACGAGCAGCUGCAGAAGCUCGGCGUCCAGGUCCGGGAGGAGCUGCUGCGUGCCCAGGAAGGACCAGAGAAGGCAGAGCCGCCGGCCACCGACGGUCAGGGUGCCGGCGACGAAAAUGAGUCGCGCGAAGCCGAGAAGAGUCACCCCGAACGGGACGAGCUACGGCCUCGGCUCUGCACCAUGAAGAAAGGCGCCAACGGCUAUGGCUUCAACCUGCACAGCGACAAGUCCAAGCCAGGCCAGUUCAUCCGGGCGGUGGACCCAGGCUCCCCGGCAGAGGCUUCGGGGCUCCGGGCCCAGGACCGCAUCGUGGAGGUGAAUGGGGUCUGCGUGGAGGGCAAGCAGCACGGGGAGGUGGUGUCUGCCAUCAAGGCCGGUGGGGACGAGACCAAGCUGCUGGUGGUGGACAAGGAAACCGAUGAGUUCUUCAAGAAGUGCAAAGUGAUCCCGUCCCAGGAGCACCUGACGGGUCCACUGCCUGAGCCCUUUACCAAUGGGGAGAUACAGAAGGAGAACAGUCAGGAAGCCCUGGCCGAGGACAGCCCCAGGCCGGCCCUGGCUAGAUCCACCUCCAGUGACACCAGUGAGGAGCUGAAUUCCCAAGACAGCCCCAAGAAACAGGACUCUACUGCGGCCUCGUCUACCUCCUCCUCCGACCCUGUCUUGGACUUCAAUAUCUCCCUGGCUGCAGCCAAAGCGAGGGCCCACCAGAAGCGCAGCAGCAAACGGGCCCCACAGAUGGACUGGAGCAAGAAAAACGAACUCUUCAGCAACCUCUGAGCACCCUGUCUGGCAGCUGCCCCGGCUGGGACAGCCAGCCCAGCCCCGCCAGCCCAACCUGCCUCCCCCGCCUUCCUCCCGCUACCCCCGAAUCGACAUACCAAUCAGCAUCUCCCUUCUUGCCGAAUCUGAUUUUCCUAGAGAACUGUGGUCUUCCCUUCCCCUCGGGAAGGUGAAUGUCUUUCUGUCCCACCCCAAAAGCAGACUCUGUCCUCACUGAGUGCAUAACCCUACCAGGUGUCCCCACGCCACCAUGCCAGGGACACCACUAGGACAUGCAAGCAAAGAUCAUGGGACCAGGCAGGAGGCCAUGCUCCCUUGUGACCCUGCGUGAUGACUGGGUCCAGGCUGACCCAGGAACUCUGACAGCAGCAGCCACAGCUGGCGGGGACCG